CCUACGCGCGGGUCAAUGUAAUUCGAUGUAUGGAAGCUGGGAGGUUUUGUUAUGGCGAAAUUCCGUCUAGAGAAUAUAUACACAUAAUUUACCAGUUACUGUUAGUGUGUAAUAUACCCACUUUAAUAUCAGCCACGGAAUUGGUACAUGCGCUACAAUCUACAUAUGAAGUUUUGGAUGAGUCAAGAAUUCUGGAUUGCUUUUGAUCGAAAGUGGUUUACUUUAUGAUUAUAACUCCUUGAUCUCUGUUGCAUUUUAUAUUUGUAUACGUUUUUCGCUGCGAUCAACAUUAUUUGCCGGUCGACAUUCGCCUUGACUUGUAACGCUUUCAACGCAGAAUGAGUCGCUCCGAUUUGCCGAUUCGUGCACGAAGCUACGACGCGAAUUCAGAAUCUGCCAGCUCGCCAACAGAACAGGAAGGCUCGCUCAGUCCAACGAAGGCCGAUCGAGCAGACUUCUCAAAAAGACACGAAAUAGACCCUUCGAAAAAACACGUCUCCGUAUCUGUUCCUGGCGUCGUGAAACCCAAGGCUCCUGUCAAAAAGAAGAAAGUCGCUCCGACGCUUGUAAGUUUUGUACAAACAUUUAUCGAAAUUUAGUUGCGACCACAAAACUGUAAUCACGUAUUAAUGUCAACUUUAAUAGGACGUCAAAGACGAGAUCUCGAAAUGCCGCGAGAAGGGAGCUACGCGACUCGAUUUGAGCAAGGCUGGG